AUGUUGUGGGCACGCACGGUCUGUAACUUCAGUACUUCGCUGAUCCGCAGAUCACACAAUGAGGAAGACCCGGGAAAGAACUUGCCAUUUUCUGUGGAGAACAAGUGGAGGCUAUUGGCAAUGAUGGCAGCAUUCUUUGGCUCUAGCUUUUCUGCUCCUUUUGUCCUAGUCUGGCACCAAAUGCUCAAGAAAUGA